GGAGUUUACGAGUCGUUCACCUGCGUAUGGUGGACCGGUUCAUCCGUCGUCGAGAGAGAUAGACGGUAGCUUGUCAGACACAGUAGUGGGUUUUUCCACAGACCCAGAAGCUGUGAUUCUUAACUCCACUCUAGAAAAUAGUGACGCCGAAAGAAGCUCUCGUAUUUCCAAAAAGAGCAGCAGCACGUCACAACUCAGUGUAACAGGGCUCCUGCCCAAAAAGUACAAGAGGAAUUUCUUCUUUUGGAGAAAAAAUGGCUCCUCACUCCCAUUCGUGGUGCGGAGGAGUGAGGAGAUUUUAGCUGAUGUCCGAGCCAAUAGCAGUAUUUCGUCCGAUGGCAGCAUAAGUGGAGACAGUCUUACACGGGGACCUCGCCUACCUCCGGAGGUCGCAGAAGCUUCGAGUUUCGUGGAAAAUUUAGGACCAGGGCAGGUAGUGGGAAGGCAAGCACUGGUCUCCCUCUCCCUGGGUGACGUCGAACUGCGAAUCUGCAGACGCAAGAAAGAACUUGAAGUGGACGUCAUACGGGCAAGAGGGUUGAAAGCCGAGCUAGGCUCAAAGAGUAGCCUUCCAGAUUCCUAUGUAGAAAUAUGUUUAAUGGACAGUCAAAAAUCUAUCGCGAAGAAAAAGACUGCAACCGCAAGAAAGACUUUGGAUCCCCUGUAUCAACAACAGCUCGUUUUCCCGUAUGACUGUCAAAACUGCUACUUGCAGGUUAUGGUUUGGGGAAAUUAUGAUGGUAUGAAGCAACCAAAAUUCAUGGGAGUGGCACAGAUUCCUCUGGACGACAUUCACUUGGAGAAGGACGUAAUAGCUUCGUACAAGUUGUUCCAUCAUUUCUCACUGGUCAACUGA